AUGUGCCAAACACAACAUCAAAACAUAAAUUCAAAACAAACUCAUUUAUGCCUUCAACGUCUUGCUGAUGCUGGAGCAGUUGUAUGCGUCGAUUACAAAUGUAAUUUAAGCUAUCGGAAUCCAUCAAAAUGGCGUAAAACAGCAGCGACGUCCGGUACUGGUAAUACUAAUUUGCCUAGUGUAAGUCAUAAACUAGUUGAUGCUAUUCGUAGUCUCAUGGAAAGACCAAAUGGUGGUUACAGUCUUGAACGAGCUUUACAAUUUUUAAGUGAUUUAACUGGUUCACCUAAAUCAAUACCGAAGUUAACCGGAGCAACUCUUCGUGUCUGUCUCGAUCGUCAAACUACUCUUGGGAAACUUGCUAAAACAUCAGAUGGACGUUAUAUAUUAGACGAGACAGGAGAACAUAAAAAGGCCUAUAUGAAUGGUAGUAAUAUGCAUACACCACUAUUGUCUAAUAAAAAGCUACUUCCACCAAAUACUUUAUCCGUUGCUUACCAAACCUCCAAUGGAUCAUGCACUAAAGUGACUAGCGAAUCCGGACCAGUUGACCGUAAUAUUACACCUACACGACUUCAUCCUCUAGCAGCUAAACAAACUUCUAAUACCACUAAUGGAAAACCUGUAAAUUCAUCGCUUACACCUAAUUUUUCAAUGCCUCCACUGAGUUUCGGUGAAAGAGGACGCUCACCGGGUUCAGAAGCUAAGAAAAUUUCUAUUCUACCUUCUAGUUCUUUUAUCACUGUAUUUGCUUCUUCCAGUAGUAAUUGUCCAAAUAUCUUACCUGGAACUAUUCUACCUACCCAUUUUUCUGCAGCAUCAAGUAUAUCUAUCGAUUCUUCUCUGAUGACGACUAUUUCAUCUCCAUUUUUGUCUUUUCCAUUAUCUCAAAGCUUAUCAUUACCACCGUUGUUUUCUAAUACAUCGAAUUUAUCGCAAGAUUUUACCGAUCCUCAGUUAACUAUGUCUUUAAAACCUGAUAAUGUAUUAACACCUGAUUCAUUCAUGUCGGACACAAACUGUGAUACAGUCGACAAACAGGAAGAGAAAGAUGGUUCUAUUUGCUAUUGUUGUGGUGGUCCACCAACAUGUGAAGAAUCCUUUCUUUUAUGUAAGGACUGUGGCCUUAACGCUCACCCAACUUGUUUAGAUUAUUGGCCAGAAUUAACAGAACGUGCACAUCAAUCUCCAUGGCAGUGUUCAGAUUGUAAAACUUGUACAAUUUGUAAUAGUAGUGAAUAA